AUGGCUUCUCAAGCCACAGACAGUGACUACAGUAUGAAAAAUGCUGAAGAGCAGCUAGAAGGCACUCUGCUUAAAAGUCAAGGUGCUUUAAAAGCAAAAGAAAGACGAAAUUUUUUAUCCCCCACAGAUAAGCCAUUCAACAGUCAAGUCCUAACUUUUAAACACAUUACAAAAGCUCAGGAGAAGACAAGAAAGCAACAACAACGAUGCAAACUGGAACCUCUGCCAGUGUUAAAGAUCUACCAAGAUCACAAGAAGCCAGAAUACAAAGAAAGAAUCUCUUUGGGAGUUCUAAAACCUCCAGUGCCCACGAGAAAAAGUUACACUGAGUCUGCUCAGUUUCCUGAAUCUCAAGAUGAUGUGGAGAAAAAGCAGAUACAGAAGCCCUCUCUUGAUGUGUUCUCUCCCUUUCUACCUAAACUGCCUCGUAUCCAAAAGGCUAGCACUGCAGGCUUACCUGAGCACGUUUUUCACGAGCGGGAAGAGGUUAUUAAGGCCAACAUCCGUGAUCCCUUGCAAAUCAUUAAAAUAAUCCGUGAAAAUGAAAACCUUGGAUUUUUUUACAUGGUUUCUGCAGUGGCAAGGUCCUCCAUUGAAUAUGACACAUAUAACCUGAAAAUUGUAAGCUAUGAGAACCUCAAUAAAAAUGACUACUAUACUAUUAGUCCGAAGGCAGUCACACACAUUUCAAGUGGAGAAGUUGAAUAUAUAGAGCUUGAGCGAUGGGAACAGGAAUAUCUAUACCACCAAAAACUCACAAAGAUUCCUAUAUUUUCACUUUUCCGGAAAUGGAAGGCUUUUUAUGUGUGGAAGAAGAAUGUCCGCUCCAAGAAAAUUACUGCAUGCCGAGAUUCUCUAAAAAUUAAUUUGUUCAUUGUUAAUGAAUAUUUGCGACCAGCUCUUCUUAAAAUAAAUGAAUUGUGCUAUCAGUUGAGUUUUAUGAAACUUUUUCAUAUUGAAAGAGGGCAUACCUACACCCUGAAGGAAUUUAAGGCUGCACAAGUUGUAAAACUAGGGGAGGUGACCAAUCGCCUAGAAGAAUUUCGAAAUGAAGCAAAAGACGUGGUCAGGAAGGCUUGCCGAAUGGCCCUGCAUGCCGUGGGAUUUGUUCCUGAUGACUGCACAUUAGAACCUAGUUCAAGUCAUCUUACAAGACCAGAAAGUUUAGCUUACAUUGAUAUGUCAUAUGACAUCCCUAUUUAUGGAGAUUCUGAGAAAAUGACCUACACAGAACAGGCCAGCAAAAGGCAUCAUUGCAUGAGAUUGACAUGCUUUAUCCAUUUAAAUGACUAUCUAAUUGAGAACACAAUGCACAACAUGACAGUAAAUUCUGUUACCUCCCUUUUGAAUUAUCUUACUGACAAAUUAAAACGAACACCCUCAGCAGAUGUUAUUGAGAAGUGGAUUAGCGAAGAGAAGCCUGAAGUCACUGAUAAAAAGACAGUACCUUUAUUGGAAAAGCAAGAAGAAGAUGAAUCUCUCAUUCCCAUGUUUCUCACAGAACUGAUUUUGACGGUCCAGUCACUGAUCUUUGAACCUUGUUUGGAAGAUUUUCUGGAGGAUAUUACAAAUGCAAUCAAUAAGUGUCAAAACACUGUUUUAUCAGUUCCUAAUCUUGUGCCUGAUCCAUAUUUUGAUGCUUUCACCAGCCCUUAUAUUAACAACAAACUUGAAGAAAAAACCUGUGGAUCUGGGCCAAGUUUAUCAUCAGUUUUUGAUGAUGAUAAGAACUUUCACACCAUUAUCCGUCAAAUAAAGGAAACCAUUCAGGCAGCAUUUGAAUCUGCCCGAUUAUACGCUGCCACCUUUGAAAAGUUCCAGAUAUUCUUCAGGGAAAAUGAAAAUCUUGACUUACAGGCUCUUAAGCUUCAAGAACCUGAUGUUCAAUUCUUUAGUGAACAACUGGAAAAGUAUCACAAGCAGCACAAGGAUGCAGUGGCUCUAAAACCCACCAGAAAUGUAGGACUGCUGCUCAUUGACACUAAGCUGCUAAAAGAAAAACUAAUCCCAUCACCUUUGCGGUGCUUGGAGGUGUUAAAUUUUAUGCUUCCUCUUCAAAGCAAGAAAAAAGUGGAUACCAUUAUCUCUGAGGCACAAGAUGCAGAGUAUAAACUUGAGUUUGUUCCAACUACCACCAUAGAAUAUGUUAAUAGCUUAGUGUUUCUUGAUGAAAUUCAGGAAAGGAUUGAAACCCUUGAAGAUGAAUCCAAUGUAGUGGUUCAGAUGUACAAGCUUAUUGAGCAAUAUCAGGUUCCCACACCUCCUGAAGACUUUGCUGUUUUUGCAACUAUGAAACCAUCCAUUAUUGCUGUUCGAAACGCCAUUGAUAAAUCAGUGGGUGACAGAGAUGCAAGCAUCAAGCAGUUCUGUCAGCAUUUGGGUAAAGAUCUGGAAGAGUUAAACAAUGAAGUAAAUGAAAUAAAGCUGCAAGCACAGGAUCCGCAGAUUUUGGAUAUUACUGCUGACCAAUCCAAAAUAAAGAGCAUGCUGAGUGAUAUGCAAGUCAUUGUUGAUGAUCUUCAAAAACGUGCAUUUCAGUACAAAACAUACCAGAAGAAUUUCAAGGUUGAAGUGUCCAAGUUUGAUGCUUUGGAAGAAGUAAGUGCCGAAUUGAAGCUCAAACAGUUGCUCUGGGAUUCGAUUUCCGAAUGGGAUGACCUUCAAAAAGAAUGGUUACAGUCCAAAUUUGACACUCUGGAUCCAGAAAUGCUAAACUCUCAGGUUACUAAAUAUGCCAAAUUUGUGGCUCAGUUGGAAAAAGGCUUGCCACCCAACAGUGUAGUUCCUCAGCUCAAACAGAAAGUGGAAAAAAUGAAAGAAAAGCUUCCAAUUAUCAACAACUUGAGGAACCCAACUUUGAAGCCCAGACAUUGGGUAGCGAUAGAGCAGACAGUUGAUGCCACUCUACUGGAUCUGGAAGUUCCACUUACCUUAGAGAAGCUCUCAGAUUUGCAUGUUUUUUACUUUGGCCAAGAAAUCCAGGAUAUCUCUGGACAAGCUUCUGGAGAAGCUGCUUUAGAAACAAUUCUUAAAAAGGUGGAGGACUCUUGGAAAACAACGGAAUUUGUCAUUCUGCCUCACCGUGACUCCAAAGAUGUAUUUAUCCUGGGUGGCACAGAUGACAUACAGGUCCUUCUGGAUGACAGCACCAUCAACAUUGCGACCAUUGCCUCAUCACGUUAUGUCGGUCCACUGAAAACGCGAGUGGAUGAGUGGCAGAAACAACUUACUUUAUUUAAUCAAACACUGGACGAAUGGCUGACCUGUCAGAGAAACUGGCUCUACCUAGAAAGUAUAUUUAAUGCUCCAGAUAUUCAGAGGCAGCUGCCCGCGGAGGCCAAGAUGUUCCUUCAGGUGGACAAGUUAUGGAAGGAAAUCAUGAGGAAGGUGAACCGGCUGCCCAAUGCUCUUCGAGCAGCUACUCAGCCAGGACUUCUGGAGACUUUUCAAAACAAUAAUGCAUUACUUGAUCAAAUUCAGAAGUGUCUAGAGGCCUACUUAGAAUCAAAAAGAGUCAUCUUUCCUAGAUUUUACUUCUUGUCAAAUGAUGAACUAUUGGCGAUUCUGGCCCAGACACGAAACCCGCAGGCCGUGCAGCCGCAUUUGAGAAAGUGCUUCGACUCCAUCGCAAGACUUGAAUUUGCUGUUAUGAUUCCUACAGAAGGAAAAAUCCCCGGUAUUGAAGGGGAACAAGAAAAGGUUUUUACUAACGAUAUACUAGCAAUGCUGUCCCCAGAGGGAGAAAGGGUGGGCUUGGGAAAGGGCCUCAAGGCUCGAGGCAACGUGGAGGAGUGGCUCGGCAAAGUGGAAGAAGCCAUGUUCUCAUCUUUGCGUCGCCUGUGCAAAGCUGCCAUUGCCGACUAUCAGGUGAAGCCCAGGACGCAAUGGGUGACGUCAGGACACCCUUCUCAGGUCAUCCUUACAAUCUCUCAGAUCAUGUGGUGUCGAGACUUGACGGAGUGUCUGGAGAUGGAAGACGGUGGCUGCCAGGAAGCCCUGGUAGCUUUUGAAAGGAUCAACUUCGAGAGAUUGAAUGCCCUCGCUUCAUUAGUUCGAGGGAGUCUUCCAAAAUUACAUAGAAAUAUCAUAACUGCCUUAAUUACUAUUGAUGUUCAUGCAAGAGACAUUGUCACUGAACUUGUGGAAACCAAAGUAGAUGGACUUGAAUCCUUUGACUGGCAGCGACAAUUGCGCUAUUACUGGGACAUGGACCUGGAUAAUUGUGUGGCUCGAAUGGCUCUCUCCCAGUACACUUAUGGCUAUGAAUACCUAGGCGCAUGCCCAAGACUCGUUAUUACUCCUCUUACAGAUCGUUGCUACCUUUGUCUCAUGGGAGCUUUGCAGCUUGACCUAGGCGGUGCCCCAGCAGGGCCUGCUGGCACUGGGAAAACCGAGACUACCAAAGACCUUGCAAAAGCUCUAGCCAUCCAGUGUGUGGUCUUUAACUGUUCGGAUGGUUUGGACUAUAAGAUGAUGGGGCGUUUCUUCAGUGGUUUGGCCCAGUCGGGUACCUGGUGCUGCUUUGAUGAGUUUAAUCGAAUUGACAUAGAAGUGUUAUCAGUCAUCGCACAGCAGCUCAUUACCAUUAGGAAUGCCAAGGCCGCAAAGCUCUCUAGAUUCAUGUUUGAAGGACGUGAGAUAAAGCUGGUGAUGACUUGUGCAGCCUUCAUCACAAUGAAUCCCGGCUAUGCAGGCAGAACUGAAUUGCCCGAUAACCUGAAAGCCCUGUUCAGACCAUUUGCAAUGAUGGUUCCGAAUUACGCCUUGAUUGCAGAGGUAAUUUUAUAUUCUGAGGGAUUUGAGUCCAGUAAAAUAUUGGCAAGAAAAAUGACGCAGAUGUAUAAACUGUGCAGCGAGCAGCUCUCUCAGCAGGACCACUACGACUUUGGCAUGAGAGCCGUGAAGUCUGUACUGGUUAUGGCUGGGUCUUUAAAGAGAGAGAACCCAAACCUAAGUGAAGAGGUCGUGUUGAUAAGAGCUUUGCGAGAUUCCAACUUGCCAAAAUUCCUCACAGAUGACGCGCUUCUCUUCAGUGGGAUCAUAUCUGACCUUUUUCCUGGAAUCCAAAUUCCGGAGCAUGAUUAUGGUAUUUUGCAGUCAACAAUUAUAGAAGUCAUGACUAGAAAAAGUCUUCAACCUGAGCUCUGUAUGGUUAAAAAGGUGAUACAGUUCUAUGAGACCAUGUUAGUAAGGCAUGGUGUAAUGCUAGUUGGGCCAACAGGAGGUGGAAAGACCACAGUUUACCAAGUACUGGCAGAAACUUUAGGGGAUUUACAAAAACAUGGACUAGACAACCCAUUCUACCAACCAGUAAAAACAUAUGUUCUUAAUCCUAAAUCAAUUACAAUGGGUGAAUUGUAUGGUGAAGUUAAUCCCAUAACCUUGGAAUGGAAGGAUGGCUUGAUGGCACUCAGUGUCCGAAAUGCUGUGAAUGAUACUUCAGAAAACCAUAAAUGGAUUAUCAGUGAUGGGCCAGUGGAUGCUCUGUGGAUUGAAAAUAUGAAUACAGUGUUGGAUGAUAACAAGAUGCUCUGCUUGGCUAAUGGUGAAAGGAUUAAACUCACGCCUCAAAUCCACAUGCUCUUUGAGGUACAAGAUCUAAAGGUUGCCUCCCCUGCAACAGUGAGUCGAUGUGGAAUGGUGUUUGUCGAUCCUGAGGAACUGAAGUGGAUGCCGUAUGUUCGAACUUGGAUGGAUGGUAUUUCCAAAAGACUGAAUGAAGAAACCCAGGAAUAUAUAUUGAACCUUUUCCAGCGCUAUGUGGAAGAUGGUUUAUAUUUUAUCAAUAAAAAGUGUACCCAAGCAAUUCCACAAGUGAACAUCAGCAAAGUUACUACCCUCUGUUGUCUAUUGGAGUCCUUGAUGUUUGGAAAAGAUGGAAUUAACUUGGCAAUGGAACAAACAAAACUGAACACUGUUGUAUGUCAAACUUUUGUAUUCUGUUAUUUAUGGUCUGUGGGCGGAAACUUAACUGAAAACCACUGGGAUGCUUUUGAUACAUUUAUUCGGACACAGUUUGAUGACAAUCCUGAUGCCAGGCUUCCCAGUUCUGGCGAUCUGUGGAGUGUUCACAUCGACUUUGAAAAUAGACGGCUGGAUCCCUGGGAGCGAAUCAUCCCCUCCUUCAAGUACAGUCGAGAUGUCCCAUUCUUUGAAAUGCUUGUCCCCACAGCUGACACAGUGCGCUUUGGCUAUCUGAUGGAAAAGCUCCUGGCCGUCAGGCAGUCUGUAUUGUUUACUGGAGUGACUGGAGUCGGCAAGUCUGUUAUUGCUAAAGGAUUGCUAAAUAAAAUUCAAGAAUCAGCUGGCUACGUUCCUGUUUAUCUAAAUUUUUCUGCUCAAACUUCAUCUGCAAGGACACAAGAAAUUAUUGAGUCAAAACUGGAACGGAAAAGAAAAAAUAUUCUGGGAGCACCAGGAAACAAACAAGUAGUGAUUUUCGUUGAUGACUUAAACAUGCCCAGACUGGACCGCUAUGGCUCUCAGCCUCCCAUUGAAUUACUCCGGCAGUACCAAGAUUUUGGUGGAUUUUAUGACAGAAGCAAACUCUUUUGGAAAGAAAUACAGGAUAUCAGGAUCGCUUCAGCCUGUGCGCCUCCAGGUGGUGGCCGCAACCCUGUGAGCCCUCGCUUCAUCAGGCACUUCAGCAUGCUGUGCCUGCCUUUGCCCUCAGAGCACAGCCUGAAACAGAUUUUUCAGUCCAUCUUAAAUGGCUUCCUGCUUGACUUCACACCAGCUGUAAGGCAAACUGCAUCAAACAUUGUUGAAGCUGCAGUUGAAAUUUACAACAGAAUGAGUAUUGACCUUCUGCCAACACCAGCCAAGUCCCAUUAUGUCUUUAAUUUGAGAGAUUUAUCUAAAUGUGUGCAAGGUAUCCUCCAAUGUGAUUCAGGAACAAUAAGAGAAGAAAUACAGAUAUUUAGACUCUUUUGUCAUGAAUGUCAGAGAGUUUUCCAUGAUCGUUUGAUUAAUAAUGAAGAUAAACACUAUUUCCAUGUUAUUUUGACAGAAAUGGCAAAUAAACACUUUGGAAUUGCAAUUGACCUGGAAUAUUUUUUAAACAAACCCAUCAUAUUUGGAGAUUUUAUUAAGUUUGGUAUAGACAAGAGUGAUCGAAUUUAUGAUGAUAUGCCUGAUAUGGAGAAAAUUGCAAAUGUUCUACAGGACUAUCUUGAUGAUUAUAAUCUCAUACAUCCCAAAGAAGUAAAGUUGGUGUUCUUCCAGGAUGCUAUAGAACAUGUUUCAAGGAUUGCCCGCAUGAUCCGCCAGGAAAGAGGCAACGCCCUGCUGGUUGGAGUGGGGGGCACAGGAAAGCAGUCUCUUACAAGGCUUGGGGCUCAUAUAUGUGGUUACCAGUGUCUGCAGAUUGAACUCAGCCGGGGUUACAAUUAUGAUAUUUUUCAUGAAGACCUAAGGAAACUGUACAAAAUGGCUGGGAUAGAAGACAAGAACAUGGUUUUCCUUUUCACAGAUACCCAGAUUGUAGUGGAAGAAUUUCUGGAAGACAUAAAUAACAUCCUGAACUCGGGGGAAGUGCCAAAUUUAUUUGAAAAGGAUGAACUGGAGCAGGUUUUAGCUGCCACAAGACCAAAAGCAAAAGAAGUAGGAAUAGCUGAGGGGAAUAGAGAUGAGGUGUUCCAGUUCUUCAUCAGCAGAGUCCGUCAGAAGCUGCACAUUGUUCUCUGCAUGAGCCCCGUGGGAGAGGCUUUCCGGUCCCGAUGCCGCAUGUUCCCGUCCCUCGUGAACUGCUGCACCAUUGACUGGUUUGUCCAGUGGCCCAAGGAAGCACUUCUGUCCGUAUCACAGACAUUCUUCUCAAAUAUUGACACAGGAAACGUAGACCUGAGAGAAAGGCUUCCACAAUUGUGUGUGAAUGUUCACUUGAGUGUCUCGCAGAUGGCAGAGCGCUAUUACACAGAGCUCCGGAGACGGUACUACACCACACCCACCUCCUACCUGGAGCUCAUCAAUCUCUACCUGUCCAUGCUGAGUGACAAGAAGAAGCAGUUGGUUCUGGCAAUAAACAGAGUGAAGAAUGGUCUGACCAGGUUACUAGAAACGAAUGAACUAGUAGAUGUGAUGAAAUUAGAUCUUUCUGCUUUAAAACCUGUCCUUUUGGCAAAAUCACAAGAUGUUGAAGCCCUGAUGGAGAAACUGGCAAUUGAUCAGGAAAAUGCUGAUCGGGUCCGUCAAACUGUGCAAAAAGAUGAAGCAGUGGCAAAAGUGAAAGCAGAGGAAACCCAGGCCAUUGCUGAUGAUGCUCAGAGAGACCUUGAAGAAGCUCUACCUGCGCUCGAAGCUGCCAAUAAGGCACUGGAUUCCUUAGACAAAGCUGACAUAGCUGAAAUCAGAGUUUUCACAAAGCCCCCAGAUAUGGUCAUGACAGUUAUGGAAGCUAUUUCCAUUCUCUUGAAUGCAAAACCUGAUUGGCCAACAGCAAAGCAACUUCUUGGUGAUUCUAACUUUCUCAGAAGGCUUUUAGAGUAUGAUAAGGAAAAUAUAAAGCCUCAGAUAUUGGCAAAGCUUCAAAAGUAUAUUAACAAUCCUGAUUUUGUGCCUGAAAAAGUAGAGAAAGUGUCCAAAGCGUGUAAAUCCAUGUGCAUGUGGGUACGUGCAAUGGAUUUAUACUCUCGUGUAGUCAAAGAAGUGGAACCAAAGAGACAGAAACUCCGGGCUGCUCAGGCUGAACUUGAUGUUACAUUGGCUACUCUGAAAGACAAACAAGUAUUACUAAAAGAAGUAGAGGAUCAAAUACAGGCUUUACAAGAUGAAUAUGACAAAAGUGUGAAUGAAAAAGAAAGUCUUUCAAAGACCAUGGCCCUGACACAAGCACGCCUCCUACGAGCUGGGAAACUAACAGCAGCACUAGGAGAUGAACAGGUUCGCUGGGAAGAAAGUAUCCAGAAAUCUGAAGACGAGCUGUCAAAUAUCAUAGGGAAUGUGUUCAUAUCUGCAGCUUGUGUGGCCUAUUAUGGAGCAUUCACAGCCCAAUACAGGCAGCUGCUUGUAGAAUGGUGGAUCAAUGAUUGCCUCUAUCUGAACAUCCCAAUCGAUACUUCCUUCAGUCUUAUUAACAUCCUUGGAGAUCCCUAUGAAAUACGGCGAUGGAACACUGAUGGACUGCCUCGGGACACGAUAUCAACAGAAAACGGCAUUUUAGUUACUCAGGGGCGACGGUGGCCUUUGAUGAUAGAUCCUCAAGAUCAGGCAAACCGCUGGAUAAGAAACAAGGAGAGCAGAAGUGGUUUAAAGAUCAUUAAACUUACAGAUAGUAAUUUCCUACGUACCCUUGAGAAUUCAAUCCGACUUGGUUUACCUGUCUUACUGGAAGAGCUUAAAGAAACCUUGGAUCCGGCUCUGGAACCCAUUCUUUUAAAACAGACUUUCACUAGUGGUGGACGACUUCUCAUUCGCCUUGGAGACUCAGACAUUGAUUAUGACAAAAACUUUCGGUUCUAUAUGACAACAAAAAUGCCAAAUCCCCACUACCUGCCUGAGCCGGACCGCCAGUGCCUUCCUGCAUUCAUCUCCCUCCCUCAGCAUAAGUCUUUUUUGCCCCACCCCUUCAUCUGUGAUGUGGUGCGACUUGAAAAGCCUGAGCUAGAAGAACAAAGAAUCAAGCUCAUUGUGAGGAUCAACACCGACAAGAACCAGCUGAAAAGCAUAGAAGAGAAAAUCUUGAAAAUGCUCUUUACAUCAGAAGGAAAUAUUCUGGACAAUGAAGAACUCAUCGACACACUCCAGGAUUCAAAGAUCACUUCUGGGGCUAUUAAAACCCGACUGAAGGAAGCAGAGUCCACGGAAAAGAUGAUCAACGUUGCUCGUGAGAAGUACCGCCCAGUAGCCACUCAGGGGUCUGUCAUGUACUUUGUCAUUGCCAGCCUCUCAGAGAUAGACCCCAUGUAUCAAUAUUCACUGAAGUAUUUUAAACAGUUGUUCAACACAACAAUUGAAACCUCUGAAAAGGCAAGUGACCUAGAGACACGGCUUGACAUACUGCUGGAACAAACUCUUUUGACUGCUUAUGUCAAUAUUUCAAGAGGACUUUUUGAACAACAUAAACUCAUCUACAGCUUUAUGAUCUGUGUUGAGAUUAUGCGUCAGCAAGGAAGACUUACUGAUGCUGAAUGGAAUUUCUUUCUUCGAGGUUCUGCUGGAUUAGAAAAGGAAUACCCACCCAAGCCUGAUGUCCCCUGGCUCCUUCCUGCCAUGUGGUUUGCGUGCUGUGACCUGGAAGAAUCGUUUCCAGUUUUUGCUGGAAUUACACGUUAUCUGUUGUUACAUCCAGUUUCAAUACGCAUCGGAUCUUUUGAGACUUCUAUUAAUCCAGAGCAGUGGAAAGGAUAUGAUAAAAUACAAACACAAGAGAAUGUCAUGAACCAGGAAAAGGAGGACCAAGCCCAAGAGUUUAGGAAUCCUGAAGAAUUAAGUUCAUUCAAUAAGCUAAUUCUUGUUAAGUGUUGUAAAGAAGAAAAGGUUGUUUUUGCUCUUACUGACUUUGUGAUAGAAAAUCUUGGAAAACGGUUUAUAGAAACGCCACCUGUGGACCUGGCCACUCUGUAUCAAGACAUGUCCUUCAAUACUCCGCUGAUAUUCAUCUUAAGCACUGGCUCAGAUCCCAUGGGUGCAUUUCAGAGGUUUGCCCGAGAGAGUGGGUAUUCAGAACGAGUGCAAUCAAUUUCACUGGGACAAGGACAAGGACCUAUUGCUGAGAGAAUGAUCAAGGAUGCAAUGAAAACAGGAAACUGGGUAUUUUUGCAAAACUGCCAUCUCGCUGUUUCUUGGAUGUUGGCAAUGGAAGAGCUAAUUAAAACCUUCACAGAUCCAAAUGUAGUCAUCAAAGACACUUUUCGACUGUUUUUAAGUUCCAUGCCCAGUAAUACAUUUCCUGUUACCGUUCUUCAGAAUUCUGUCAAGGUGACUAAUGAGCCACCAAAAGGCUUACGUGCAAAUAUCAGGCGCGCAUUCGCUGAAAUGACACCUUCAUUUUUUGAAGAAAAUAUCCUUGGAAGAAAAUGGAGACAAAUAGUAUUUGGCAUCUGUUUCUUUCACGCAAUUAUUCAGGAGAGGAAAAAGUUUGGGCCCCUUGGUUGGAAUAUCUGCUAUGAAUUUAAUGACAGUGACAGAGAGUGUGCUUUGCUGAACCUCAACCUUUACUGUCAAGAAGGGAAGAUCCCAUGGCAUGCCCUGAUCUACAUCACUGGUGAAAUUACAUACGGUGGGAGAGUUACAGACACCUGGGACCAAAGAUGCCUUCACACUGUCUUAAAAAAAUUUUUUUCUCCUGAAACAUUAGAACAAGACUAUAAAUACUCUGAAUCAGGAAUCUAUUUUGCACCCCUGGCUGACAGCUUACAAGAUUUUAAGGACUAUAUUGAAAAGCUGCCUCUAAUAGAUGACCCAGAAGUUUUUGGAAUGCAUGAAAAUGCCAACUUAGCUUUCCAGUACAAAGAGACCAAUACUUUAAUCAACACCAUACUUGAUGUUCAGCCAAGGUCAUUUUCAGGCGGAGAAGGAAAAAGCAAUGAUGAAAUUGUCCAAGAACUUGUUGCUUCUGUCCUGUCCAGAAUCCCAGAAACCCUGGAAAUGGAGGGUGCGUCAGAGAGCCUGUUUGCCAAGGAUGUGCAGGGUCGCCUUAAUUCCUUGACUACAGUCCUUGGACAGGAAGUGGACCGGUUCAACAAUUUGCUGAAGCUAAUCCACACUUCUCUAGCAACACUCAACAAGGCCAUUGCUGGAUUGGUGGUGAUGUCUGAAGAAAUGGAGAAGAUCUAUAAUAGUUUCCUCAAUAACCAGGUCCCUUCUCUCUGGGCCAAUACAGCCUACCCUUCCCUGAAGCCACUUGGAUCAUGGGUGAAAGACCUUAUUCUGAGAACUGCAUUUGUGGAUUUGUGGCUCAAAAGAGGACAACCUAAGUCCUUCUGGAUCUCCGGCUUCUUCUUUCCUCAAGGUUUUCUAACAGGAACUCUUCAGAAUCAUGCCCGAAAAUACAAUCUACCUAUAGAUGAGCUGAGCUUUAAGUACAACAUGAUUCCUAAUUAUCGGGACCAAGCUGCAGUGAUAGAAGCUGCCAAAAUAAUACAGUUUGGACAAGAACUGCCCAUGGACGUGGAGUUGCCCUCUCCUGAAGAUGGGGUUCUUGUUCACGGGAUGUUCAUGGAUGCUUCUCGCUGGAAUGACCAGGAGAUGGUGAUAGAAGAUGCUCUGCCUGGAGAGAUGAACCCGAUGUUGCCUGUGGUGCACUUUGAACCUCAGCAGAACUACGAGCCAAGCCCAACACUGUACCACUCCCCACUGUAUAAGACAGGAGCCCGAGCAGGCACGCUGUCUACCACAGGUCACUCUACCAACUUUGUGGUGACUGUCCUCUUGCCCUCCAAGAGGCCCAAAGACUACUGGAUUGCCAAGGGAUCAGCCUUGCUCUGCCAGCUCAGUGAGUGA